CCGCGGCUCCGGCAGGAGCGGCGAGGGAGGUGCCCACAGGCGCCCCGCGCUGUGCAUUCUCCGCGUCCUCCAGCAGAGGGGCCGGCGGCGGGCUGCGCGUCCCGCAUAAUAGCCGCUUUGAUGCCGGCGGCCGGGCACAGGGGCGGGGAGGGGAGGCGGGCCGGAGGGGCGGGAGGGUGUGUCCGGCUGCCCGCGCCUUUCCUCCGCCCCUCGGUUCGGCCGCCACACGCCGCCGGAGCUCGGACGGGUGCCGGUCCGUCCUCCGCGUUCCUCGCCGCCGCCGUGAAGCCCCGAGCCGGCGGGAUCCGGGCGCUCGCCAUGUCGGUCGCGCUCAGCAACAGGUUUCAAGGAGGGAAAGCUUUCGGCUUGCUCAAAGCCCGGCAGGAGAGGAGGCUGGCGGAGAUCAACCGGGAGUUUCUCUGUGACCAGAAGUAUAGUGAUGAAGAGAACCUGCCAGAAAAGCUCGCAGCUUUCAAAGAUCUGAUGUCUUUAAAGAGGAUGAUGGAGAAGCUUGGGGUCCCCAAGACCCACCUGGAGAUGAAGAAGAUGAUUUCGGAGGUGACAGGUGGGGUCAGCGACACCAUCUCCUACCGGGACUUUGUGAACAUGAUGCUGGGGAAACGGUCCGCUGUCCUCAAGCUAGUCAUGAUGUUUGAAGGAAAAGCCAACGAGAACAGCCCCAAGCCAGCCGGUCCCCCUCCAGAGAGAGACAUUGCCAGCCUGCCCUGAGGACCCAGCCGGGACCUGCCCCGCCCCUCCCUGCCCCGCCCCUCCCUCCUCAUCUCAUUGUACUUCUGGACUCAUUGCGAUGUCUUUUUUUUUUUUCCCCGUUGUUGGACAUGUUUGUUUUUUCACCUGCAGAAUCUGAUCUCUUCGUAAAGCACAAAUUAUCUGCCUUAAAGGGGCUCUGGGGGCCCUCCUCUCUUCCUUCCUUCCCCACUCCCUGUGCAGAAGGGCUGACAUCAAACCAAAAACCGGAAGUGGCAGGGCCAGGGCAGGGAGGCUGGAAGCCUGUGAUCCCCAUGCUUGGAGCCGGCAUUGUCCAUCCUUCCUGGAGGUCGCUGAGCUAAGUCCAGGCUCACUGGCCGGGCCCUGGUGAGGACCUCAGCCCACUUUCAGAAGACCCUGGGGUAGGGAUGAGGCUGCAGGGCCUUGCUAGGGUUUCCUCAGACACUCUGAGGUCCCAGUACUCUCAGGUUGUCCAGGACGUGGCCACUCGCUGCCCCAUGCCCCAGCUGAUCCCCACUCAGGCCACACUUCCCGUCCUUAAUGAGGUGACAGGAGAAUGGGGGGGGGUGGCGAUUGGAGACCCUCAAGAAGGUUCUGGAAGGAAUCUUCCGGCCUUAGCCCUUGGCCACACCUUUACAGAUAGCUCAGAGGGUGCUCUGUCCCUUGCCGGGGCCGCAGAGGGCUUCAGAGGUAGAGGGGAGGACAGGGGCCUUGGGGAGGGGGGUUCAGCUCAGUCUAGUCCCACUUUUUAGGGAAGAUGCUGAGGGCAACAGGCUAGAAGGAGGAAGAAAAUGCUCACGGCAAAAUGUCAGCACCACUGUUAAGCCAAGAACUGAGAAAUAGGGAUCUGCCUUUCUGAUCCCAGUCGGCUUGAAAACUGACUGCUUCCCCCAUUCACCUUCCCACCUUACUCAGACCAUUCAUUCAUUCACUCAGUCAUUCAACAGAUAUUUAUUGACCAUCUAUCAUAAGCUUUAAGCCCACCCCCCCCACUUUGUCCUGCCAUGUGCUGUGUCCACUGUCACUAACUCAUCUGUUUCCAAACCACCCAAAACCUUGAGCUUGGGGAUUAGAUUGGGGUCACCUGUGUCCCUUAUUACGGACUCAGGGUUUUAGAGCCCUGAUCCACCUUGUAGGUUAGCUGGGCCAGUCCUCUCAUUUCACAGGUGAGGAAACUGGUGGCCCCCAGGGAUUAAUUGCCUUGCCCAAGGUCAGGAGUUAAUCUGGAGAUGGAAGAGUCUGGACUGAAGCCCAGGUGUUCAGAUGCCCUGCCCAUGUUUCCUCUCUGCUUGGGGCUGCUUCUGUCAGUCAUGAAAACAAGGGAAGGGGCAGGGAGAGGCCGUUUCCUAGGACAGCACUUGGGGAAGGCCCCGGGCCAGGACUCACCUUUCCCAGUGCCUCUGCGCCAGCAUCAGGGUUUGGGUAAGGGCCAGGCCUGCCUCUGCAGUUCUGCCUUCCCUAGAGCUUCUCAGCGAAGCCACUUAGAACUCAUGCAGGAAGGUGUCACACGCGGCCCCAUCUUGGCUGAGCAGGGACCUCAGCCUGGACCCCACUUGACCCUGCCAGCUCAGGACUUAGAUGCAGUCAUCAAUUGAGCAUAUUUAUUAAGCACCUGCUAUGGGCCAAGAGCUAAGAACCCAGUCAUGAAAUAGAUACAUGACAUUUAAGAGUCUAGUGAGAAAGUCAGACUCGGACAAGGACGAGGGAGACGAAAUGAAGGAGGGGCUAUGGGGUGACUGCACCGCCAUCCUGGGGAGGCCAAGAUGGGCUCAAGACUGAGCCAGAGCCUUGGAGGAGCAUUUGCCAAACCUUAAAUGGAAAUGUGUAGGUACUCUUGGAGCCGGUGUGGGCUCUCUGUGGCUCCUCAGUGGGCCAUGAUCAAGGGCUCAGGGAGUUGCCUGACAGCAGCUGAAGGGAGUGGAGCAGAUAGGGGAUGGGAAAAGGGCCAGGUUGGGUUCAUUCGCUGGUCUCAGCCAGUUCAGGAGCAAGACUAUUUGGCCGUGACUGGUUGAUCUUUAGGCGAAGGAGCUGCUCAAAUGCACAUGCCUAGUUGAAGUUUAAACCCUAGCAAAACAAUUUUCUCUGUAAAUGUAAAAUCUCACCCCACCCCCUUCCUGCCUUGGGUUUUUUUCCUCCCAAGCUCCCUACUUGAGUAACUGCCUGUCCACACCCCUUCCCACUACCUCGCCCACCUCUCUAGGACACGAUGAGACCUUUGAGCAAGGUAGUCUUGACUCCCCAUCAUAGUCAGGGCACUUGAUCCUCACUCAGAGAGGAGGGCACAACCAACCAGGCUUAUUUCAACAGCUUCCAUAGUUUACAAGACCACAGGAAGCCUCCUUAAGGGAGAGCAAGUGGGUGUGUCCCCAGAUUCUGGAAAGGGCAGGACAGAGCGCUUCCAUUGGCUAGGAGCAUCAUGAGAAACCACCCAAGUUCCUUCACCAUUUCUUGGAACUCCAGUCGGUCCUGGAGGGAGAGUGGCUCAAGAGUGGUUUCUGGAAAGGGGGGUCUUGCAUAUAUUUCAGGUUGUGGCUAUUGGCCCUGGGACUCUUACUUCUCUGGCUAAGGGCUCACUUUCUUAGAACUUUAGCUAUCUUUCUGAAAGACCAAAUCUAACUAAUGUAACCAGAAACUUGGGGAUUGCCAAGUGUGGCUUUGUCCCUGCAACUCAGAAAGGAAGGAGUGUGUGUUGGGCAAGUUCAAGUGGAUGUUGUAUGUGUGUGCGUGUGUAUGAGAGUGUGUGGUGCCAGAUAUCAUCUCUGCAUACUGGAAAUAAAACAGACAAACUAUCAA